AUGGGGUCGAUAGGCACUGACGACCGUCUCGCCACUCAUAUAGUGGAUGCGAUUGCACAGGCUUGGCCUGAUACACUGUAUUGCAUUCAACCGGAAUCAAACGGGGAGGCUAUUGUCUGGCACAAGAUCACUUAUUCUGCUUUUGCGAAUGCAGUCAACCGGAUAUCUUGGUGGAUAGACGGGAACCUACACGGAAAGCCAAAUGGCCAAGUACUUGCGUACAUUGGCGCGAAUGAUUUGAGAUACUCAGUGUUUAUGCUAGCAUGCAUGAAGACUGGGCAUCAGGCUUUACUGCUUUCGACUAGGAACUCUCAAGCAGCCUCGCGGCAUCUGUUUCAGGAGACCAAGUGCUCUAUCAUCGUUGAUGGAACUGAAAAGCUCCGUACGCAACAAAUGGUGGAUGAGCUAGUGACUGGCUGCGCCGAUAUCCCGCUUCAGCGUUGGUUCAUUGCUUCCAUCUGGGACAUCUUCUCGCCCGAACUAGAAAAAGCCAAGCAUUAUCCUCAUCAGAGGUCCUUUGAUGAUCUGGAAGAUACACCCACUAUCAUAAUUCAUAGUUCUGGGACCACGGGAAAUCCGAAGCCAGUGAUCAUCAGCCAUGGCUAUCUAGCCACCUUCGAUCGCUUGCGAGUCCUUCCCGUCCCACCGGGCCGACAGAAUACAUGUUUCUCUUUGCGCGCAAAUGGGCAGCUCCGUUUCAUGUAUGGACCCAUGUUUCACUGGGUUGGUGUGGUGUGCACAUUCGAAAGCAUUUUCUACCAGACGCCCUUUUUGAUCCCUCCAGACAAGCCCUUGACGCAAAGCCUCUUCACUCAAAUCAUGGAAACAGACCACCCUCCGGUAUGGGCAUUGGUGACUCCGCCAAUCAUGGAGGAUAUGUGUACCUCAGAAGAGGGACAAAGGGCACUCUCAAAGCUGAAGGUACUAACCUAUGGAGGUGCUCCAAUGGCGCAUGCGACCGGCGAAAAGGUAGCUUCCCUUCUCAGAUUGCAGACAAUAUUUGGCAGCAGUGAGACUGCCUAUACGCCCUCCUUACUUUGCGAAGAUCCCGCAGAUUGGGACUAUUUGGAAUGGAACCCAUCAUUUGAACACAAGAUGGAAGACGCUGGCGAUAGACUUUGGGAGCUGGUUCUUCCACGACCCGCCUCACGCUACCACCAUGCCAUCUUCUAUUCUCAGCCCAACCUACAAGAAUACCGCACCGGGGAUUUAUUUCUGCCACAUCCAUCCAAGCCCAAUUUGUGGCAUUACGAAGGGCGAAGGGAUGAUAUCAUAGUUCUCAGCAAUGGAGAGAAAUUCAACCCUACACAGGCUGAAAAACAGAUUCAAACCCACCACCUCGUCAAACAUGCGGCAAUAUUCGGUCAAACCCGUUUCCAAUCGGCACUUCUGAUUGAGCCAGAGUGGGAUGAUUUGGAAGAUAAUUGGUCUCCAGCUCAACUUGUGCGACAAUUACAAACGGUGCUGAGUGAGGCAAACGAGCUUUUGCCAGCUUAUGGGAAAAUCUUCGACAGUCAUAUAGCGUUUGCCUCUCGCGACAAGCCUUUUGAUUUGUCUCCGAAAGGUAGUCUGCGACGACGCACUAUUGCAAAUGACUACAGUGAUGCUAUCAACCAGCUGUACGAGCCCAAACUUGAAGAUAUCCCCACGCCAGACAAAGAGAUGUCUGCCGGCCAUCAUGAGGAGUUGACUGGAUCAUCGAUGGACGAAAUACAACGUUGGAUACAACAUGAAGUUACGGUUCUUCUGCGGCUCGAGACUGUUGGUCUAGAUGACGAUUUAUUUAACAUUGGUAUGGACUCUCUGCAGGCUAUUCGACUCACUCAGAUUUUGCGUAAGGGUCUAGAGAGCCAAAGGGACUCGGAACCCGGCCCACACGAUCCCUGGACUGACAGCGCGAUAUAUGACCUUCCGACUAUCCGGAAAUUGGCAGAUAAACUUGGUCAACAGAUCAAUGGCGACCGAAUAAGUGGGACCAAUGCAGAAUCAAUUGGAUGGCCUCGGGAAGAUCGAUUGGCAAGAACAAUUUGGGAACAUUCGCUGUUUUUAGGCUCGAAGGGGUUAACAAUCGCACUCACGGGGUCAACUGGCGAGUUGGGCAGUUAUCUGCUGAACUCUUUACUGAAAGACCCAUCAAUCGAACACAUAUACUGUCUGAAUCGCUCCGAGGACGCCAAGUCGCGACAAGCAUCAAGCUUUCGAGCCAAAGGUCUACCUGAUGUGUGGAUAACCCAGACGUCUCGCAUUCAGUUCUGGCGCGCCAAGUUUGACCAAGAAAAUCUGGGAUUAACUUCACCUCAAUACCGUUUAUUACAAGAAAAUGUGGAUAUAAUUAUUCACAAUGCGUGGCCCGUGAACUUCAAUAGGACACUUGAGAGCUUUGAGCCUCAGCUGAUCGGCGUAACGAACCUACUGCGUCUUGUGGAAGAGUCGACUCGAGCCGAGUUCCACUUUGUUUCCUCUGUGGCAGCGGCUACUGGUAACAUUCCAGAGAACAUGCUAAACUCGAGGCAUAAAUUUUCUGAAACUAGACCAUACUUAGGUUCGGAAGUCAUGCCAUAUGGCUAUGCUGAGUCGAAGUUCGUGGCCGAGGCUCUGUGUGAACUUUCCUGCAAGCGCAGUGGAACGAGGAUCACUAUAUACCGCGUUGGGCAACUGGGUGGACCAUCCACUAUGACUGGAGGGAUGUGGAAUCCUAGAGACUGGUUUCCAUCACUUGUUCGAUCGUCACAGACAAUGAAGAUAGUUCCUGAUAGUCUUGGCCUGCUUCCAGUUAAUUGGUUACCAAUCGAUACUGCUGCUAGAGCGAUGACAGAGAUGAUAGGCAUUCGCUUCGAGCAGAAAAGAACUGAAAGAAGAGACUUCAUAAAUUACGAAAUCUGCAAUCCUCGUACCACAAAUUGGACUAAAUUGGCGCCCGUGGUGGCAAAAGCAUGCGAUGCAAAAGUCGUUUCGCUGGGUGAAUGGGUGAAAACUUUGGAGAGUCAGGUAGCAGACUCCAUAGCCGACGCUGAGACUUUCAACAAUCUUCCGGCCCUGCCUUUGUUGAGUUUUUUCCAGCUACUGGCGACGUCUCGAGAUCAACAUCCUACAGAUAGUUCCUCCUACUCUUCUACGAUUUCGAAUACGCUUAACAUGAUGGCGGAAGUUGAUGCUCAUUGGAUGGAGCUGUGGCUGAAACAGCUGAAGACAUGGAUUCCAGAUCUUGUUAUUUGA